GUUGUCCAGCAAGGGAGCUACAAUUCAAUGACUCACUUGUGCAAGACCACAACAGGGGAAUUGCCCAACCUUGCCUGGUGGCUCAGCAAUGCCCAGAUAUGCUUGGACUAAUGUUCUCCAAGCUCAUGGAAUGAGGAUAUAAAAUGGGGGAGAGGCUGCAUAGUUUAUCCUUUCUCCUCUCCCACCUACACUGAAGGCAAUGGGAGAAUACUCGAGCUGAGGAGACUGGUUCCCAGGCUAACAGGGAGAGCCUGCAUAUGAAAGACUAACCAACCUGCAGUAUCCAGCAGGGUGAGAAAAACUGCUUAGUUCAGAUAUUGCCAAGUUUAAUAAGGUUGAGAAUUUAGACUGUGUGCUUAUCUUUUAUUUUCCUUUGAUAAUUACUCUGACUUUUGCCUAUAAUUUAUAAUCACUUAAAAUCCAUCUUCUGUAAUCAAUAAACUUAUUCUAGUGUUUAUCCUUAUCAGUGGGUUUGACUGAAGUGCUUGGUAAAUCUGCUCAGGUUACAAAGGCUGGUGCAUGUCCACUUUCCAUUGAUGAAAUGAUGAAUCAAUUAAUAAACUUGAAUUGCUCAAGAAAGGGUCUUGAGGAGUUGCAAGAUAGUAUAUUCUGGUGGUACAAAGCUGGGAGCUGGGGAGAUUUGGCCAGUGCCUUUCUCUGCGUGAUUUGGGAGCAUUCAUACAAUCUGGCUGCGUAUGCGGCUGCAUAUGUGGUUGUACUGAGUGGUAACAGCAUCUGGAGGGGUUUGCUGCUUGUCACCAGUAAGUUAUUGACAGAGACAACCCAGAUUAGUGAGUUAAGGGGGCACAGUCCCAGGUUGCACCCUGGCGAUCCUGUCACAACAACAUUUUGAGGUGAGAAGUCUGGGUGGAAGCGGAAGACUGGGACAACAAGGGGAGCAGCAACAGAGAGAGGAACAGUAUGGGGGGACCCAGAACUGCAGCUGGCCAUCAAACACAUAUUUAGCAGUAGCAGCUGUGCCAGCCACCCAAAGACAGGAACAGCGGGUGCCCACAACAGGCACAUAGUAAGAAGAGACUGUUGCCCUGGGGAAGGGAGGAAAGAGAAGAAGGGGGUAAAGGAUGGAGCUAUAGAGCCAGCCCAUCGGGCUAGUGUGUGAUCAAAGGGUUUCAGUUGUUUUGGAAGCCCUUCAAUCUUUGAUCCGUUUCCCAAACAUCAGAACAAAAGCAACAGAAACAUAAAAAUGGAAACAGAAUUUUUGUGCGACAUUAGGGGCCCAAUCCUAGGAGGCACUGAUUUUCCUGAGCUCCCAUGAACUUCAAAUGGAGUUGAAGGCACCCAGCACCUCACAGGAACAGGUCUAAAAACUUAAACACAUAAAGUUUGGAGCAAGUGCAACUUCACAACAUAAUACAAUAGGUCUUCUUUGUGCUUAGAUUACACAUCCAUGUUACUAUGGUUCCAAGAAUGAUGUCAUCAACAUGUUCUGACCACUUCUUGUGAUAGCUCUUGAGACAAAUAAAUGUCAACAAUAGGUUACCAAGGUACCACAUGGUCCAUUAGAAUCCACCCUGACCUCUUUCAUCCCAUUUCCUAAUACAGAAAUGACGUUGUGCUGUGUCUUAAUCAACUAAACUCAAUGGGAUUCCCUUUUCUCUAUUUUUGGUGGCUUUAUUUACAUACUGGCCCUGAAGAGGCUAUCGCCAGGCAAGAACCAGAUUGCAGGGAGUGUGAUGGGGACGAUGAAGACUUUUGUGGGGUUGUGGGGCAAAUCCUGCUUUCAUACUGUAUUGGCAUUUUGGCUAUAACUCUCAUCAACCGCGCUUAUAUUUGGAUUCUCCAGAAAUGCCGAGAUGAAGGACUACCUUCUGGCAAAGGGACUAGCAAAUCAGAAGUUCCCAGGGACUCUGUCUGCAUGCGUCACAGCAGCUUCAACGUCUGGGAUUUCCUCAACAAGUUCUUCAAUGGGCAAAACAAAAAGCACACCUGCCAGUCCGCUGAUCCUGCCUUAUAUUCAGAGGUGGCCGCAGCCUGGGCCUACUUAGAAAGCAAGCAAGCAAGCGACCAGGUUCUUCGGGUGAAGGCAAACAGUGAAGAAGAGAUUAACAAACUACAGCUGUUAGAAACACUGGAGCAUCUUCAGCUUGAUUUCUGGCUACACCCCUCAAAUCCAGCACUUCCUGUGGAUAUUCGAGUCCCCUUUCCCAGUCUCCAAUCAGUCAAAGUCUUCCUGGAGUCCCACCACAUCGAGUACUCUAUCCUGCUUGAAGACCUGCAGGUCAUAGUAGAGGAAGAAAAGCAAGAGAUGGUCAACAAUCAACGAAGGGAACGUGGCACCAGUAAUUUCAACUAUGGAGCUUACCACCCCUUAGAAUCUAUUUAUGCAGCAUUGGAUGAUCUUGCAGCUGAGUACCCCAGCCUUGUGAGCAAACAGGAGAUUGGAGAGUCUUAUGAAAAGCGGCCCAUGUACAUUCUCAAGUUCAGCACUGGAGGAACCAACCGUCCUGCCAUUUGGCUCGAUGCCGGUAUCCACUCCCGAGAAUGGAUCACCCAGGCAACUGCACUGUGGACAGCUAAAAAGAUUGCAUCUGAGUAUGGGAACAAUCCAUCCGUCACCUCCCUGUUAAACAGAAUGGACAUUUUCCUGCUGGUUGUCACAAACCCUGAUGGAUAUGCAUUCACUCAUACCAAUAAUCGUAUGUGGCGGAAGACACGUUCUAAGAAUUCAGGGAGCCUGUGCAUUGGAGUUGAUCCAAAUAGGAACUGGGAUGCAGGCUUUGGAGGCCCUGGAGCCAGUACCAACCCUUGCUCUGAGUCUUACCAUGGACCCAGCGCCAACUCGGAAGUGGAAGUAAAAAAUGUCGUAAACUUUAUCAAGAGCCAUGGGAAGAUCAAGGCCUUCCUCACCCUUCACAGCUACUCUCAGCUUCUGUUGUUCCCCUUUGGGUAUAAGUGCACCAACCCUGCUGACUACAAUGAGCUGAACACCGUGGGGAAAGCAGCUGCCAGUGCUCUGGCUUCAUUGUAUGGGACAACAUAUAAAGUUGGAACCAUUUGCUCAACUAUCUACCAAGCCAGUGGAGGCAGCAUUGACUGGUCCUAUGAUUAUGGCAUCAAAUACUCCUUCGCCUUUGAGUUGCGAGACACAGGUCGCUAUGGCUUCCUUCUGCCAGCCAGUCAAAUCAUCUCUACUGCAGAAGAGACCUGGCUAGGUCUGCUGAAGAUCAUGGAGCAUGUACGAGACAAUCAGUAAUAGAAGUGGGGAGGCAAAUCAACAGUAUAAAAAGGAUGAAGCCAACAGUCAUUUAGAAAACAAACCCCAAAUCUGAUUCCUUUGUACUAAUGUAGUAGUAUAUUCAGCUGAUGAAAAGCCCUGUGUACGUUCCAACUACUGUGAGAUGCAUCUGUCUGUAAAGAUUCCUUGCUGCACAUCUCUUGUCCCCGCCUUUGUUUUUCCAUCUAUGGAAUUCUUAUACAGUGUCAAAAUGUUAGGACCAGGCCAAUAUUCUGUAACAGACCCUUUUGUGGUUCUUCAGAAAGAAACACAGGUAGCAGCCUGUGAUUAAAGCAAGAGUAGACUUGUAGACUUCAAAGUCAGAAGGGACCAUCAGGAUCAUCUCGUCUGACCUCCUGCACAUCGCAGAACCUCGCCCACCCACUCCUGUAACAGACCCCUCACCUCUGGCUGAGUUACUGACAUCCUCAAAUCAUGGUUUAAAGGCUUUCAAGUUACAGAGAAUCCACCGUUUACACUAGUUUAACUCUGCAAGUGACCCAGGCCCCAUGCUGCAGAGGAAGGCGAUACCUCCCCCAGGGUUCCAUUGGAAGAGGGUGAAAAAUUUGACUGCCAUAAUUAUUGGGAAUUGUGCCCAGUCAGGCAAAAAUACAGGCUGUUUACCAGCUAGGUGAAGAGGCCAGUGCGGGGACCUGCACUGGGGUGGAGACAGGAGUGUGGUGGGACAGUUACAGUGUGGCAGGAUGAGGCUGCUUGUGGGUUCAGAGAAGAUGGGAAUUAUUUGCCUUGGAGAGGAGGAAACAUACGUCCAAUGGGCUGUGCGUGUGGCACAGCAUCCUGGUCUGGGUUCCAGCAAAUCUGUCUCUGUGUGAAACAACUUCAAUCCAAGCCUCUAUCAGUUACUCCCAGUAUCUGAAUUUUUAGCUCAUGUCUCCCAAUUGCUAAAUCCCCGGUACCAGUA